UGUUGAUUACUCUUAUCAUCUUUACCCAUGCACCAGCACAGAGAAAUUCCGUCUAUUCAACUGUUCAAGAGGCCAGCAAUACACAAUUAAGCGAAAGUAUUUCGAACUGAUAACAAAUAAUAGAUAAUGUCACAUGGUGAGAGAAUCACCAGUUACCAGUUGCCAACAGGACCUCCUACUGACUGGAAGCUUAUUUCGGACAGACUAUUCGAUUUAUUCCGUUUUUAGAAUGUUAACAGCAUUGUUGCAGAGAGCGCCCAAAUUAACAAACGUAUUUUAUCAAGUAACUGGUGCUAGAUUCGCUAGUAGCAUGGCAACCUAUUUGGUAGAAGAAGAAAAGUACAGUUUUCUGAAAGAUCUCGGACUGCAACGUGUAAAUAGCGGUGUGUAUGAUGGCGAAUGGCUUGCCGGUAACGCAAGUACAGUGAAGUCCAUCGAUCCGGGCAGUGGUCGUGUGAUCGCGGAAGUGACAACGGGCUCAGAGAAGGAUUUGGAGCGAUGCCUUAGCGCUGGUGUAGCGGCAUUUGAGGAAUGGAAAAAAUUACCCGCUCCCUUCCGGGGUGAAAUCGUUCGUCAGAUCGGUGAUGAGUUGCGCAAAUUUAGAGAUCCACUUGGAAAAUUAGUUGCACUUGAGAUGGGCAAAAUAUUGCCAGAAGGUGUUGGGGAGGUCCAGGAGUUUGUGGAUAUAUGCGACUAUGCCGUCGGAUUGUCACGUAUGUUUGGUGGGUUUGUAUUUCCUUCCGAACGGCCACAACACACUAUUAUCGAAAAAUGGAACCCACUUGGAUUGGUGGGUGUGAUAUCGGCAUUCAAUUUCCCGUGCGCCGUUUUUGGAUGGAAUACGGCAAUUGCACUUACGAUCGGUAAUACGGUACUGUGGAAAGGUGCACCAAGUACGUCGUUGGUGAGCGUGGCAACUACUAAAAUUGUGGCAGAUGUUAUUAAGCGCAACAAUCUGCCACCGAUUGUAACACUUUGUCAAGGAGGUGAUGAGAUAGGCAAGCAGAUGGUUAAGGAUGAAAGAGUGAAAUUAAUGUCCUUCACCGGAAGUACUGCCGUUGGUCGUACGGUCGGUGUUGAAAUGCAGCGACGUUUCGGGCGGUGCCUAUUAGAACUUGGGGGUAACAAUGCACUUAUCAUCAAUGAAGAUGCUCCACAAGAAAUGGCACUCGAUGCAGCAUUUUUCGGUUGCAUUGGAACAGCUGGACAGCGCUGCACAACGACCAGGCGAUUGAUUAUUCAUGAGAAACUGUACGACAAUUUUGUUCAGAAGUUAGUGAAACGCUACAAUAAUCUAAUGCAGCGUGUUGGACAUCCGCUGGAGCAGUCUACGCUGUACGGACCGGUCCAUAACCAGCAAGCGGUAGAUAAUUACAUGCAAACGGUCCAGGAAGCAGUUUCCUUGGGUGGUAAAGUAGAAUGCGGUGGUAAAGUUAUUCAGCGACCUGGGUUCUAUGUAGAACCGACUAUUAUUUCCAAUCUGCCCCAUGAUGCUCCUGUGGUAAAGCGAGAAACUUUCGCACCGAUUGUGUACGUUUUUAAGACAAAGAAUUUAAAAGAAGCAAUCAGCUGGAAUAACGAAGUGGAUCAAGGGCUUUCUUCAUCAUUAUUCACCAAUAACAUUCAGUCAGCGUUCCAGUGGAUAGGCGAGAAUGGUUCUGACUGUGGCAUAGUGAACAUUAACACUUCACCGUCUGGUGCAGAAAUCGGAGGUGCCUUUGGUGGUGAGAAACACACAGGAGGUGGACGCGAAUCUGGUUCCGAUUCAUGGAAACAAUAUGCCCGCCGUUCAACAAUUACUGUCAAUCAUUCCACCGAAUUACCACUGGCGCAAGGAAUUGUUUUUGAAUAGACGCUUGAAGGUCAAUGCCAAUAUGAGAAAAAUAAAUACAUGUUCUUUAUAAAUCGAAACUAAA